AUGGCUGAACAAGGUGGAUUUGGCGAAAGCCUUCGCAAUUUCUUCAUUAUGAGCCAGACAUACUGCUGUCUGAGCUACUUCUUCAACUUUCUCGAUCGUGCGGCAUUUGCCAACGCCUACGUCGCUGGCCUUCGUGAAUCUCUCAACAUGACUGGUCAUGAUUACAACAAUGUUCUCUCCGUGACCACCGCAGGAAUGGCCAUCGGCCAGCUUCCCCAUGGCAUCAUUAUCCAGAAGAUCGCGCCUCGAAUCUGGUUCCCAUCGAUGGUAGUCAUCUGGGCUGGUCUGACGAUGGCUAGUGCCGCCGCAAAGACCGUCACUCAACUCUGUGUCAUCAGAUUCUUCCUCGGUUUGGCUGAAGCUAGUACUUAUGCGGGCACUAUCUAUAUCAUUGGAGCAUGGUAUAAGCCUGAAGAGAUCUCCAAGCGAACUGCUCUCUUCACUGCCUCAGGCCAAGUCGGUACCAUGUUUGCUGGUGUCAUGAUGACAGCCAUUCAUAAGGGCAUGAGAGGCAUGUCUGGCCUCCAAGGAUGGCAGUGGGUGUUCUUGAUCGACGGCAUCAUCACCCUUCCCAUUGCCCUGUUCGGCUUCCUUUACUUCCCUGAUAUUCCUGAAAUCACCAAGGCGAAGUAUUUGUCCCAAGACGAGAGGAAGUUGGCGGUUUCCAGGCUCCCCCCAAUUAAGACCGACGGGCACAACAUCAUGCCCAUGUCUCUGAUCAAGCGCGUAUUUCUCACUCCCAUGUUUUGGAUUCUCUUCUUUUGGUCACCUGUCUGUGCCAGUGUAGAGGGGUUCCCCUUCCAAAACACAUUCCUCCUCUGGCUCAAGUACUACAACGACAAAUUCUCGCAAACCCAAAUCAACACUUACCCUCUUGGCGUGCAAGCUGUUGGUAUCGCUGCGAAUAUGCUUGCAGCAUGGCACAUGGACGCAACCGGCCAGCGUGUCCCAAUGGCCAUCCUCGCCGUCCUUCUUCAGGUUGUUGUAGGAGCUAUGCUUCUCGUGAGGAAUCUGUCUGACGCUGGGGUCAUGUUUGCCUUUUAUCUCGCCGGAUCAGCGUACAUGGUCAACCCCCUUAUCUUUGGUUGGGCAAACAUCAUCCUGCAGCGAACAGGUGAUGAUGCCAUGCGCAGUGUGACGCUGUACUCCAUGAAUAUCGGCUCCAUGGUCCUUUGGACAUUCUGGGGCAUUAUCUUCUAUAGUGCUGCUGAUGCGCCUUAUUGGAAGAAGGGUGCUAUCUCGCUUCUUGUUUGCUGUGGUGUCAUGUUCUGUUACAUCUGGCUGGUCAAUUAUCUCGACAAACUCACCAUGAAGAAGUAUGGCGACCGAACUGUGGAGGAUCUCGAGGAGCCUAUCGAAGUGAGCGAAUCUGACAAGGGUGAUGCUACCAAAGUAUCGGAAAAGAACAUAACUUCGUGAAAAGAUUGUUGUCUCAAAGAUAUGAGGACAAACCCCAGAAAAGGAGCGGCGUAAGAUAAUUGAGUAUGGUUGUUCGUGUCGAAUACGAGUUGCUGUCGUAUGUAUGAUGGGCACCGACUUCCGGAGUUGUCACGUAGCCUGAAGCUAUGAAAGAAAUAUCUGCAUCGGAUAAGAUUUGUAUUCUAGGCGCGCUCACUUCUUCUCACCCAGAGCUAUGCUCUCCUU